GUGCCGCCGCCGGCUCGUUGUAUAUCGUCGUCACGCUAUCCACCGCGGAGCCGAUACUCGCGACUCGCGAUCUUUACCUCUUGCCUUUGUUUACUCCCCCGCGCGUUCACAGCUUCACCGGCUAAUUCCGGUGCCCGCGCCCGACGUGUCCCAGUGCUUUUUCUGUGAUAAGGAAGUGUGAUUCGAUGUGCGAUCGGUCGUCCGGUGUUUAUGGAGCUCGCGCCCCCUGAGCAGCGCUGAACCCGCGCCAUGGCGGCCACGGCCCGCCGCGAGAUCGACACGGGCGAGGAGGACAUCGCCGCCAUUGCGAAACAGAUUUCGGAUCACGCCGAGGCGAUAUAUCAGACUUGGAAGGCGCGCGGCCUCGCACCUACGGAGAUUUUGUCGUGCAGGCCCACGCCCGGCCUCAAAUUGACCGAGAGUUUGCGAACUAAACCUAAACCGGAGCCGAAGCCAGAAAUAAAACAACGGCCCGAGUUUCGUAGAGAUCGUCCCGAAAUACGGGAGCGCCCCGAGCCGCGGAGGGAGCAGAGACCCGAGCCGAGGCGAGAUGUUCGGCUCGAGCCCGACGGCGACGUCGUCGAAGUGUCUCUGCCGCCGGAUCUGGUCCCCGAGCGCAACGGAGCCGGCCCCGGUGCGAACGCCAGACGCCUGGACUCGGCCGCUAUGCGCCUGGAGGUGGCGAGAGAGGAGGAGCGUCUCCUGCGGGCGCUCCGCACGGGCGGCGUCGUCGCGGAGCGGCCGGCGGAGAGACCAGAUGUCGUGCCGCCCCUAUCUUUAGUCGAUUACGCCAAGAGCCGGUAUCAAGAUAAACUAGAUACCGGAGCUAGAAAGCCGGCGACCGGGGCCAGCGGCGAAAGGCGGUCGUCCUUGGGUUCGCAUGUCACCGAGGCGAGAUCGAAGUUCGAGGCUCGGGCCCGGCGGGCGUCCAGCGCCGGAGCCGCCGGGGAGACCUCGACCUCCGGAGCCACGCCUGUCAGGCCCUUCCUGAGUCGAGGAUCCGUCGCCGAGAGGGUGCUCAUGUUCGAGCGAUGCCCCAGCGAGGCCACCCUCGAGUUAGCCAAAAGAAAAUCUCCAGCGGCGGUAUCGUGGCGCGGCCCGCACGACGUCAUCAACAGAGCACAGAACUACGCAGCGUCAACUCCCUCGAAGCCACAAUCGGCGCCGCCGCACACAACCCUGCAGCGGUCCGUGCGGGCGGCGCCCUCCCGGGUUAUCCCCCGGUUCUACUUCCCCAAGGGCCGACCCCCGCCGGGCCACCAGCAGGACCACGCCGUCCACAAGGUCCAGUCCGCCUUCGCCACCUUCCCUAAUAGUCAGGUGACGCGGGAGAACUUCAAGCACAUAGUGAAGGCGUGCGAGUGCCCGCUGUACUGGAAGAUGCCGCUGUUCCUGGCGACGCAGCAGAACCUGCAUGCUGCUGUCGAUGGACACAAGUUCAUAGAUUUUUGGAGAGAGCUGACGUCACAAUGCCACGACCAGGCGUCCCGGUUCGUGUACAUCCUAACCCGGGGGAGGAGCAACACCCUGGCGCCGGAGGACUUCGUGCCGCUGGUCCAGGAUGUAGUGGACACACACCCCGGACUCUCCUUCCUCAAGGAGGCCACGGAGUUCCACUCUAGAUAUGUACAUACUGUGAUAGCCAGGAUAUUCUACUGCGUGAACCGGUCUUGGUCGGGCAAGAUAUCCAUCCCGGAGCUGAGGAGGUCCAACCUCCUGCAGGUCAUCCAACUGCUGGAAGACGAGGAGGACAUCAACCAAGUUACACAAUACUUUAGUUACGAACACUUCUACGUGAUCUACUGCAAGUUCUGGGAGCUGGACAAGGACCACGACCUGUUCAUCGACAAGCACGACCUGGCGAGGCAUAAUGACCAUGCCCUAUCGAGUCGCAUGAUCGAGCGAGUGCUGUCGGGUUGUGUGACACGCGGCAACCAGAACCGACUUACGCCGGACGGCGAACCGCGGAUGUCCUACACAGAGUUUGUCUGGUUCCUACUAGCUGAGGAGGACAAGACUCAUCCUACGGCCAUUGAGUAUUGGUUCAGGUGCAUGGACCUGGACGGCGACGGGUUCAUCUCGAUGUACGAGCUGGAGUACUUCUACGAGGAGCAGAUGCAGAGGAUGGAGGCCAUCGGCAUCGAGACCCUGCCUUUCCACGACUGCCUGUGUCAGAUGUUAGAUAUGGUCCAUCCAGCAACAGAGGGGAAGGUGACGUUGUCAGACCUGAAGAAAUGUAAGAUGACGUCGAUAUUCUUCGACACGUUCUUCAACCUGGAGAAAUACCUCGACCACGAGCAGCGCGACCCCUUCGCGACGCAGAGAGACUCCGAGUGUGAGAUGUCCGAAUGGGAUAGGUUUGCAGCUGAAGAAUACGAACUGCUAGUCGCCGAAGAGGGAGGAAGCGACGCGCAGGAUCAAAUCUCGUACGAUGAGACGGACGAUGAUUGUCUGUCGCCCAACAUGGAGGAAGUGACUAACACGGAACCGAUAGAAGACUCCAGUGUCGAGGAUUCUACCAUCAGCGAAGUGACGCCAGUGCCCAGUCGAGUACGGGAACCUAUAACGACUGGACCCAAACCUAAUCCUGCGUAUAUCAACCUAAACUCCAUUUACGCCAUCGGAAACAACGACCGAUGGAACCAAAAGGAGCCAACGCCCGAAAGAAAAACUGAGAAGCCUAUCCCGCCAGAGAAACCCGUGAGUCUGAUGAUGCUAAACGGAAGAAUGGACAACCGGGUCGGUUUGAGCAACAAUAGCUUUCUCUACUCGCAUCUGCUGAAUUCGGGGACAGGCGGGGCGCGGGCGAAGGACCCUCCCUCCUACACGGCGGCCACCAGCGGGAUGUACGACAAAGAUAAGAAGGUGACGUCCCCCACCAAAGCGAAAUCCCCUCUAGCCAGCCCCGUCAACGGUGUCAGCAAAAUAUCUGACAACUACGAGAAAGCGAUAGCCGAGAGAUUGAGUCCGCAGCGCGAGACGAGGCUCAACCGGAGCAGCUUGUUCAGUAAAGUCAAUACUGGCAUAGUCUCCGGGAAGGUUAACAAGCCGAGGAAUGAUGAUGACGAAGAUUAUGCGCGCGACAGCGACGAGUGCUCCAUUUAGACUUGGCUUUUCUGCCAGUGCCCGCUACCGAGGACGCCAUCUUGAGUGAACUAGUGAACGAAACAGUGAACUAUACGGUGAUCGAACAUUGAUUGAACCAUUUCAACGUAUCCCACAUUCGAUACGUGCCUUCAGUUAGAGUAGACGUUGUGACGUAGUUUAGUCGUAGUUUUAACGGAACGGUGUGUUUUAACAUCGAGUUAGCUAGUUACGGCAUUUUCUAGUAUUAUUGACGUUUCUAACGAGUGUUUGUUUUACUCUUCACUAUUGUGCAUAUCAACUGUAUCGUUUCAUACAUUCAAAUCCAGUGCCCAUAUUAUCCAAGCUAAUGUCUUCCUCAUUGUCAGCCAAAUACUAGUUUAACAUACAUUUGGAUGUAUGAACCGGUGACGUAAAGCCCUCUAAGUUUACCUUUUCAACCUAUUUUAGACUCUUCUACUGAACACAUAAAAUCCAUAUUUCUUUGUACGCAUAUCAAUAACUACCUAAAUAACCAGUGUUUAAUCGGAGUUUAAUCUUGAUUUACACUUUAUUGUGAACAUGGACAAGGCAAAAUGAAGAAAGGUCGACCAUUUUUUAGUGUUGUAUACUUAGACUAGAUCUGUCUCAAUCAAUUAUAGGUACUGUUAUACUGUAUGCAUCUCAGAAAGUUUCUACAUUUAUCAAAUUGAACUAAAAUAUAUUUCUGCUAAUUACUACCUACUUAAUACAAUAUUUAAGGUAGUGUACAUGUGUACAUUGUACAAGUUAGUAUUUUCAAUAAUCUAAGUAAUUAUAAGUACCUAUGGAUAUGAUUAAUAGACUAUUAUAAAUCAUUGCCUAUUCAAAAUUCGAUCCGAGUAUAAAUGUAGAACUUUUAAAACAAUGCUGUUAUCUCAGUAGUUAUGUCUAUUGUGUCUCAGCUGUUAUAUACACGAUUUGAAGGU